AUGGAUAGAAGGAAUUGCUCCUCCUUGACUGAAUUUAUUUUCUUGGGAAUUACUGAUAACACUGAGAACAAAGUGAUCCUAUUUACAAUGUUUCUGCUUGUUUAUCUCAUCAUUCUUCUGGCAAAUCUUGAAAUGAUGAUCCUGAUUAGGAUGGAUCACCAGCUGCACACAACCAUGAUGGACCCCCAGCUGCACACACCCAUGUACUUUUUCCUCAGCCAUCUCUCCUUCUGUGACCUCUGCUAUUCCACAGCCAUUGGCCCCAAGAUGCUAGUGGACCUAUUUGCCAAGAACAAGUCAAUCUCUAUCCAUGGUUGUGCCCUGCAAUUCUUGGUCUUCUGUAUCUUUGCAGAUUGUGAGUGUCUCCUGGUGGCAGUGAUGGCCUAUGACCGGUACAAGGCCAUCAGCAGCCCCUUGCUCUAUGCGGUCAGCAUGUCCAGCAGGGUGUGCUCCCUGCUCAUGGCUGGGGUUUACCUGGUGGGAGUGGCAGAUGCUCUGAUACACACGACAUUAGCCUUCCGCUUAUGUUUCUGUGGGUCAAAUGAGAUUAACCACUUUUUUUGUGAUGUUCCUCCUCUCCUGUUGAUAUCUUGCUCAGACACACAGGUCAAUGAGUUAGUGAUAUUCACGAUUUUUGUCUUCAUUGAACUGAGUACCAUUUCAGGAGUCUUUGUCUCUUAUUGUUAUAUCAUCCUAUCAGUUUUGAAGAUCCACUCUCCUGAGGGGAAAUUCAAAGCUUUCUCUAUCUGCACCUCCCACCUAACUGUUGUGGCAAUUUUCCAGGGAACUAUGCUCUUUAUGUAUUUCACACCAAGUUCUUCCUAUUAUCUAGAUCAAGACAAAAUGACCUCGCUGUUUUACACCCUUGUGAUUCCCAUGUUAAACCCUCUGAUUUACAGUCUACGAAACAAGGAUGUGAAAGAGGCCCUAGAAAAAUUGAAAAAUAAAUGGCUUUAA